AUGUUCUGAUCCUCGGGUUCAGUACUUGGUGGUGAGAGGUAAAGAGGAGAAGAAGAGCUCUUUGUUUACGUUCCUCUGAACCCUCUCUCCUCCCGCUGCUGCUGUUUCUGCUGCUGUUUCUGGUGAGGAUGAUGGUGAGGAUGAUGAUGAUGAGGAUGAUGAUGAUGAGGAUGUGGUGAGGUUGGAGUAGUGGUGCUACAGGAAGAAGAACCUCAGUGGAGGAUCAUCAGCUCUGAUCAUGAACAGAUGGUAGCUGAUAGUCCUGCCUGACCACCAUGAGCUGGAGUUUCCUCACUCGUCUCCUGGAGGAGAUCCAUAACCACUCCACCUUCGUGGGAAAGGUAUGGCUCACCGUCCUCAUCAUCUUCAGGAUCGUCCUGACGGUGGUGGGCGGCGAGUCCAUCUACUCGGACGAGCAGUCCAAGUUCACCUGCAACACCAAACAGCCGGGCUGCGACAACGUCUGCUACGACGCCUUCGCGCCGCUCUCUCACGUCCGCUUCUGGGUCUUCCAGAUCAUCAUGAUCUCCACGCCGUCCGUCCUGUACCUGGGUUACGCCAUCCACAAGAUCGCCCGCGCCACCGAGCCGGGGCGACGGAGGAAACUCCAGAGGCAGCGCAGGAGGAACCCGAGGAACCGGUGGAGGGAUGGAGAUCACACCGAGGAGGACGAUAACGAGGAUAACGAGGACGACGAUGCUGAGCCCAUGAUCUACGAAGACGUGCUGGAGCUCCGGGAAACCAAGACGCCGAAGGAGCAAAAAAACACGACCCACGAUCCUGCCAAGCACGACGGGCGUCGCCGAAUCAUGCGAGAAGGUCUGAUGAGGAUCUACGUCCUUCAGCUGAUCUCCCGUGCCAUUUUCGAGGUCUUCUUCCUGGUGGGUCAGUACCUUCUGUACGGGUUCCAGGUCUACCCGUCGUACAUCUGCGACAGAAUCCCGUGUCCCCAUCUCGUGGACUGUUUCGUCUCGCGUCCCACCGAGAAGACCAUCUUCCUGCUCAUCAUGUACGUCGUGAGCUGCCUCUGCCUGCUGCUCAACGUCUGCGAGAUGUUCCACAUCGGCGUCGGCGCCUUCCGAGACGCCAUCCGCAAGCGGCGCGUCAGGGACCGCGACCUGCGAUCCUGCGCCUUCCCGUACUCCAGGAACUUUCCGGCCUCGCCCCCGGGGUACAACUUCGUGGUGAAGUCCGAGAACCAGAACGGCCUCCUGUCUCAGCACCAGAACCCCGACCACGACGGCGCCGCCCUGUGUCAGAACCAGGAUCAGAACUGCACCAGUCUGGACGAGAACGUCCCGCCGGACCUUACAAGUCUGCAUCACCACCUGCGUGUGGCGCAGGAGCAGCUGGACAUGGCGUUCCGGACCUACAGCGCCAUAAACGCGCCGCUCUCCAGAGCCAGCAGCCCGGCGUCCGAGCAGAACCGCAUGAACCUGGCUCAGGAGAGACAAGGAGCGCGACCCAAAGCUGGAACCGUGGUGAGGAACGGUAAGACCUCCGUCUGGAUCUAGUCACGAACGCUGAUGUGGAUCUUCAGACCGGUGACACACGUGCUUACUAAUCCCAACAUCGGUUCUUCUUCAGCAUAACAAGAACUUAGAGGUUCCAUAAGUGUUCCACUUUAGAUGAGCUCUCCAAGAACUCCAGAAGAACCUCCUGUAGAUCUGAGACCCACAACCCCAACCAAAACUAGAGAGGAACAGUGCGUCGUAAUGUCUGUACAACUCUUAUUAGCUCCCAUUCCAAAAAAGAUGGGACGGCAGGAAAAUAGAAUCCCAGAGUUCACGUCAGGUUGUCUGUCUAAAUCUCUCAAUAAUAUUAUGGACUGUAGAUGGUAAAACAUCCAUAAAUUCAUUUUAGUUUUGUGUAUUGUAAAAAAAUGUCCUUGAAUUCUUGAACUAAUCACUCACACACUGAAAGGUUGAGAGUUCAAAUCCCAGCCACUGUCGGGCCCUUGAGCGAGGCCCUUAGACAUCUCUGCUCCAGACAAGCUGGGAUAUGCGGAAAGAGAAUUUUCUUGUACUGUACAUGUGUAUUUGUAUAUAUGACAAAUAAAGGCGCUCUAUUCUAUUCUAAA